AUCGUUAGUUCAUUUAUAGUGCCUAAGUGCACCUACUGUUUUCCCGACUGCUUAAUAUCUACCAUUGCUUAUCUAUUUAAUCGUCCAUGGCGACUGUAGCCGUCUUGGAUGCGAUACACGCGGUUUAAUUGAUUUCAGAUGAUUUUAUUCGCAUAUGUCAGUAGGACAGACUCAUUCACUCUCAUUAGUGUACACUAGUGGUGACGUCUAUUGGCGAAUGGCUUCGCAUCGGAGCACAGUGCCCUACAUGGAGACGAGCUGAAAUACUCGGGAACGGGGCAAAAUGAGACAGCAUGUGCACCUUUAUGUGUCUCUGAGAGUCACUUCAGUGAUUUGAUUAUCACUGAUUCGCCACCUCUCUGGUCAUCGUUGUGAUCAUCCCUCAUCCAGAGAGGGCUUCUGGGUACUUCCAUGGCUGGGGAGAAGAGUCGUCGCAGCGGCAUGGAUAUCAAGCGCCUUGCUGGCCUGCUUCAGCGCGGGGCCGGACGCUUGCUGGUCAUCGACAGUCGGACGUUCUCGGAGUACAACGCCUCUCACGUGCACGGUGCCGUCAAUGUCUGCUGUUCCAAACUGGUCAAGAGGAGACUUCAGCAAGACAAGGUGUUGGUUACCGAGCUCCUGCAACCCAACGGAAAGGUCAAGGUGGACCUGGGUCGCAGACAGGAGGUGGUGGUAUACGACCAGAGCACGAAGGACGCCGGUCAGCUCUCCAAAGACAGCUUCGUCCACAUUCUCUUGAGCAAGCUGGACUGCACCUUUCACAGGGUGUCUCUUCUUACAGGUGGUUUUGCAGCAUUCUCAUCUUGUUUCCCAGGCUUGUGUGAAGGAAAGCCGGUGGCCACUCUGCCCAUGAGCUUGUCUCAACCGUGCCUACCCGUGGCAAAUGUGGGUCCCACACGAAUUUUGCCCCAUCUCUAUUUGGGAUCACAAAAAGAUGUGCUCAACAAGGAUCUAAUGGCUCAGAACGGCAUCACAUAUGUGUUAAAUGCAAGUAACACCUGCCCGAAGCCUGAGUUCAUCUCUGAGAGCCAUUUCAUGCGCAUUCCCGUCAAUGACAACUACUGUGAAAAACUCCUGCCGUGGUUAGACAAAACCAACGAGUUUAUUGACAAAGCCAAGGUGUCCAACUGCAGAGUCAUUGUCCAUUGUUUGGCUGGCAUCUCCAGGUCCGCCACCAUCGCCAUUGCUUAUAUCAUGAAGACAAUGGGCUUGUCAUCAGAUGACGCGUACAGGUUUGUGAAGGACCGCCGACCUUCAAUAUCACCCAACUUCAACUUCCUAGGACAGCUUCUGGAGUUCGAGAAAGGUCUGAGGUUGCUCAAGGCCCUCUCCUCGGGUCAGGAGCUGAAUGAAUCGUCGGACACUAGAGGAGAACCUUCAUGCGAUCCCGAGAAUGGUGAGAAGGACGGCACGGAUGGCAAGGUUCCCUCUCCGACCUCCCUCCAGCAGGGUUUCAAUGGCUUGAAUCUGUCUGCCGAACGUAUCCUCGAUACAAACCGUCUAAAACGCUCUUUCUCACUCGACAUCAAAUCCGUCUACGAGCCCAACCACUGUCCUCGCCUCGCACCCGCGCAUACGGAAGACGUUCCCAAACUUUGCAAGCUGGAUAGCCCGGAGGCCGGAGAAGCCAACGGUGUCUACCAAUACUCGCCUGAAUCCCCAAGUCCCUUUUCCGAGAGCAGCUCCCGACCUCGUUCGCGGAGAAAAAGCAAGCACAACGGUGGAAACGGUAGCGCCGGAAGUUCUCCCGUGCACUUCGCACGCUCGCUCCCUGCACAUAAGAGUCCCAGUCUUGAUGACAAUCUGAAGCCCUCCCUGCUCCUCAGCCUUCCCACCGUAGGCACCGGACCCAUGUGGACCAAGCAUAGAGACACCGUACAGGCCACCACACCCGUCACGCCAACAGGAGAAGCCCCUUGGUUUUACAGCUCGGAGGCCGGGACGGUGCACUUUCCGGCACUAGGGUGCAGCGCUCUCCCAGGUCCGUGCGAGGCGGUGCGCCUGCGCGAGAAGUCAGGGGAGCCACGGGACUCGAGGGGCAGCUGGCACGAGGAUGCGCCCACUUCCGACAAACAGUUCAAGCGUCGCAGCUGUCAGAUGGAGUUUGAAGAGGGCAUAUCCGAGACGCGUUCGAGGGAAGAGCUGGGAAAGAUAAGCAAACAGUCCAGCUUUUCGGGAAGCAUGGAAAUCAUUGAAGUAUCCUGACAUCGCCUGCACUGCCCAUUGAGACUUUUACUAUAUGAUGGCAGAGAGUGGCAUUCAUAUUAGUUUUUGAGCCGGUGGAACCGGAUGACUUUGCUUUUUUUGUCUUUCUACUGUACUGUUUUUAAGCCAUAGCCAGAUGACAAAGAGACGAUGCCCCCCCCUCAUUCCUCGCUGUUAAAAAGCUUUACCAGCCCCUUGGUGUAUUAAGAAUCGAGCAUGGCCGAUUUCUUUUUUAUUAUGCCGCCCCGGACUGCAAGGAGUCAGCACAAACAUGGUACACGCUUUAACCGGCUGAAUGAAGGCCUCUUUGUGCGGUGCUUUGUCCACCCUGCUCCUGCAUCCCGGCAUUCGUGGAAUUCUGUAGGAGGAACAGGCAUGUCACGAAGGAAAGGCAUUGUGGGUGUUUUCCCAUAAUGCUCUCUGUCACUCUCAGCCAGAUUUCAGGAUUUGUCGUUCCCCUCCUUUGGUGGUGGUGGUGGUGCCCGAACUGUCGCGCAGCCCACGUUCCUCUCACCGAGCAUGCUUCGAGGCUGCUGUUUUCCUUACGAAUAGUAUAUAUGAACUAUAUACAGUGAUUUUCAUCAUUUUCUUAGUUUUAAUUUAUUCUACUGGUUCAUUCUGGUAAUGAGAAAUAAUAUAAAGAAGAUUGUGUUUUUAUUUUUUCUUCUUCUUCUCCUUCUCUUUUUUUCAGUGUUGAUCUCUUAUUUACACUCGCCGAUACGCAAUUACAAGCAAUAUGUGUUUUGUUUUCGUUCCUAAAGUAGGGGGUGUGGUUAUUACCGGAAAUUAUUUUGUUUAAAUGCACUUUUUGUUGCUUUAAAAUGGAAGUUUUCGGACGUUUCGUUUAAAGGGUACCACAAUGCUUUACAAAAAAUGUGCGUAACCGUUGAUGUCAUGCAGUGUGUGUGUGUCACAAACUAAAGCGUUUGGUAUGGCUUUGUUUGUUUGCUGGUAUGAAUUAUUAAGAAGACUUUAAUCCAGCAUGAAUAAUCUAAAAAAAAAUAUAUAUAUAUAUGUAUGAUACCCCCGGCAUUUUAAAAUCUUAUUUUAAGAUUUUUGUAUUAACAAGCACACGAGACAAAAUGAAGGGAACGUGAGGGGUUUGUCUAUGUCCCCCUGCAUAUUUAUGAAUUUAUUUAUUGUUUGUUUGAUUGGGUCUGAUGUGUGGAUCGAUGAUGUGAAUGACUGACAGGUGGACCCUUAAACACCCUUAAACUUUUCCUACGAAACAGAUCAUUUUGAAACCUGGUUGAUGAAGAUUUAGAUUUUAAUAAACUUUAUCUGCACUAAGGUGAAGAUACGUUCGGUUAAGGAACUUUCAUUGAGUUUCUUCUGUCUUUCCUUUCGGUUUCUCUCACAUUUUCUCCAAAGUUUAAAUGUAAGACAGAAUGGGUAUGCGUGUGUGUAAAUGUGAAUGGGAUUGCCCUCUUGCUGGGAAAAAGUUCAGCAAUUUAUUUAUGUCUAUGUUUCAGCUUUUUCCAUACGGCUAAAACUUUUGAUCUUGUAUCUGUGCUGCUGUAAUUUCCUUUAUUUCCUUGUGUGAGACAUUGUCUUUCUUUUAUCUUUCCUGUAUUAUAUUUUUAUUGUUAUCAUUAUUUAAAACAUGUAAUAAAAUGAUGCAGGUUGUCCUUUUUUGCUGAAAUUGUUAAA